AUGUUAAACCUUCAGAAGAAAUUGUUAGAAAAGAAAUCACAACAGUUCAGCUCUCCGCCUGUCAAACGAAUAUCUAUUCGUGAUAAGUUGUUGCUGCAAGGUACCAAUUUGUUACGUCUUUUUCUGAUGACUAAUUCAUCUGACAUUUUAGAAGUUCAUGAGUUGAACAUGGUGAUUCCACGAAGCUGCGAGCUCCACACGAUUCUCUUGACGGUAACUCCAACUGAGGGAAUGUAUCUGGGCGGUGUCUUCCGUUUCCGCAUAGAAGUGCCUCUGGAGUACAACAUUUUGCCUCCAUCCGUGAAAUGCCUGACCAAAAUUUGGCAUCCCAACAUCACUGAGGAUGGUUCCAUUUGUUUGAGCUUACUUCGUCUAAGUUCUCUGGACGGAAUGGGAUGGACGCCUACUAGACACUUGAAAGACGUCAUGUUAGGCAUUGACUCCUUGUUUACGGAUUUAAUGGAUUUCGAUGAUCCGCUAAACGUGAAUGCCGCUGAUCAGUAUCGCAGAAACCCGGUAAUACUUCGAUUUAUAUCUGUCGUAAUAUUAUUUGUCGAUUUAGCAUCUCAAAAUACAUAUUUUUAA